AGUGUAAAUUUGGACGUCGCAGCGGCAGCGUCUCUCCCAUGUAAUCAAACUACAGCAUCAAAAUCAGGGGAAAUUUUAUAUUUUUAUCAAAAAAAUACCUACGAAUUAUAAUAGUGAGAAAUCCAACAAGUUAGUGAGUUAUUAAAUCCGUAAAACCAUGUCUGCGGAACCACCAACCCAAGAGGUCCAGAACCUGAAAAUCGAAAAUGGCGACGUGAAAACAGAAGCUCCCGGUACUCCACCCUCCAAAGAAGCAAGUGCAGUAACUUUCGAAGAAAACUUUAAAGUUUUUGCGAAAUUUGGCGACCCGAAAUCGGACGGCAAGCAAAUCACAUUGUCGAACAGCGACAAGUGGAUGAAACAGGCCAAAGUAAUCGACGGAAAAAAAAUUACCACGACCGACACGGGGAUCUAUUUUAAGAAACUGAAAUCCCAAAAGGUUGCGAUUGUCGACUACAAAAAGUUUUUGGAAGACUUGGCAAAGAAUAAGAAGGUUGAAGUCGUCGAAAUUAAAAAUAAAUUGGCUGGUUGUGGCCCCCCUGGACAUCAUGGGCUUGGGUCUGUUAAAGUGACGAGCACAGUGGACCGACUAACAGACACGUCAAAAUUCACCGGAACCCACAAACAACGUUUCGACGAAACCGGAAAGGGCAAAGGAAUCGCCGGCAGAAAAGAUUUACCGGACACUUCCGGUUACGUGAGCGGAUACAAAAACAAAGACACUUUCGAAAAAGAAAAACCCUAAAAAAUUUAGUUUAGCACAAAAAUAAUAUUAUACCUAUUAACAUAAUCACGAGAAUAUUUUUUAUGAAUGAGAUUUUUAUUUUGUAGGUAUUAAAGUUUGUUUAAAAGAAAGGUCUUCAAUAUAUUUGUAAACGCACAUAAAAUUUAUAACAUUAGAUUUUUAGAAAAGACAAAAAAUCAAAAUUUA